CAUCCACCCUACCCACAGUACAACCAUGGCCAAGGACGCCGAGCUCAAGGAGGAGAAGAAGAAGAAGCGCAAGUCCGAGGCCGCUGGCCUUGACGUCGCCGACGACAAGAAGGCGAAGAAGGAGAAGCGCAAGUCGCUUGCCGCCGACUCCGAGGAGAAGGCUGAGUUCGACGUCCCCCUUGAGGCCAUCGCCCCCAUCGCCGUGCCCCUCGCUGGCAAGAAGCUGUCGAAGAAGCUGUUCAAGACGGUUAAGCGGGCGAGCAAGGCUCGCCAGCUCAAGCGCGGCGUGAAGGAGGUCGUCAAGAGCCUGCGGAAGGGCGAGAAGGGUCUGCUGCUCCUUGCGGCUAACAUCACGCCUAUUGAUGUUGUGUCGCACCUCCCGGUACUCGCGGAGGAGACCAAGGGGGUGGAGUACGCUUGGGUGCUGAGCAAGGAGGAGCUCGGCGCCGCGUCCGGCACCAAGCGCGCAACCUCGUGCGUCCUCAUCUGCGCAGCCCCACAAAAGCGCAAGGACGCCAAGGCACCAUCCGCCGAGGACAUUGCCGAGUGGAAGGAGCCGCUGGACGAGUGUCUCGACGAGGUCAAGAAGCUCGAGGCAGUCGUGCAGGCCUAGGUCCGCGCGUAGAGGGUUGUGAUGUACGAUAUGGCCGUGAACAGCCCGCGAGUGCCGCGGCGGUGUGAAUCAGAGGGGCUAGGGGGAGUACCGUCACUGAUGGGCGCUGUGCGACUGGAAGGCAUGCUGGAUGCCUGAUUCUGCGCGUGAUCAGCUCCGCCGCAGAAUUCCGCCCCCUACUUCACUGAGAACCACUCGCACAACAUGCCAUACAACAACGAUACAGAAUAUACACUAAUACCCAUGAAUCUGACCGACGAUCAUUUCCG